AUGUCAAACUCGGCAACACCAACCAAUUCAACAAGUGAAAAUAAUACUCCUCAACAAACAACUCCUAUUCGCAGUCCUCAUAGUAAUCAAAGCCACCACAGUAGUAUACCAAGUAGCCCACGCCAACAAAGCUCGAAUCACGGAAAUGAAAUUAACAAAUAUGUAUCAGAACAAAAUUCGCCCCUUUCAGAGCUAGUAGACACCGAUUCAGCCAGUGACAAUGAAAUAGUUCGUCGUAAACGUGUAAAACGUCAUGCCGUAGAAUCUCCUACUCAUGAUAGCUCUCGUACAAGGUCUUUAAAAAGUUCGUCAAUAACGCCAACUGCACUAUCGCCUAAAAAUCAAGACGCGAUUUCCGAACUUUUUUCAGAGAAGCACUUGACCAAAAAAAGUCCAUGGGAAAUUACCGACGAAGAUACAAAAAAUGAUAACUCCGGUAACGAAGAUAUAGAUUUAUUUGGAGGUGCAGUUAGUGACGAUGAAGGGCAAUUCGAACACUUACAUAAAGACGCACCGAUGUCAGAUGAUGAAGGAUAUACUCGGCCUAGAUCCUUUAAUACUGGAAAUUAUGAAUUAGUCUACGCAAAACCUCCGGGUAGCUGUGAUGGAAAGUAUUAUAUAGCAAAAUUGCCAAAUUUUUUUACUUACUGCACCCAAGCAUAUGCACCUGAAAGCUACACAGAAGAAGAUGAUUACAAGCAUGGAAAUACAAUUAGGUUAGGCGCAGAAAACACGAUAAGAUGGCGAUAUAAAAGGAACGAAAUGGUGAAAGAAUCAAACACCAAAAUGAUUAAAUGGUCGGAUGGAACAAUGUCAUUGCUUAUUGGAGAAGAAAUGUUUCUAAUUAAUUCUCACGAUAUAUCUAAGCAACAUACAUUUCUUGGAGUCCCAAAUGUACACAGUAAUUCGAUUGAAAAUCAUGCAAGGUUGACAAACCAAGUUACUUUCCGUCCUGAUCCCAACAGUCGGACACACAAAAGAUUGAGUGCUGCCAUUCAGGCUAGAAAUGUUAAACAAGUCAAGACAAAAUUUGUUGAUAUAAAUGAUCCAAAAUUAAUUGAAUUACAACUUCAAAGUGAAAGAGAAAAAAAACCACGCACCGAAAAACGUACAACUGUAGCUUCAAAAUCAAGGUCGCGUAAAAGGUCCUUUGACGAAUAUUCAGAUCCAGAUGAACCAAGCUACAUGUUAUAUAGAAGGAAUGAUUCAUACGAGGAUGACACUGGUUUUGUGGUUGCAGAUGAGAAUGACUCUGAUGACGAAUAUAACCGGCCAGAAAAAAGGCGCAAAGGAAAAGAACGAGCUACCGAAAGCCGUAGGAAGAGAGACUUAACACCUGUUGAGAGUUCGUUAAGGUUACGAAAGCGUCAUCUUGACGAGAGCAAAGAAGAAAACUUGGAUGAAUAUGGAGAUAAUGGCCAAGAAGAACACCUUGAAGAGGGAGAUGGUGACAUGUCACUUGAUAAGCUCCCAAAGCGCGUAAAAGAGGAUGUUGAAGAGAUCGAUGCCGAUAUUGAUAUCGACGAAAGUCUUUUACAUGAUCACGACGAAGAGGAAGAAGAUAUGCCUGUUGUGAAGAAGGGAAGAAGAAGCAAUAGGAUGAUUAUUGAGGAUGACUAA